UGUGGAAGUUGGUGGGAUCCAAUGCCAAAGAAAGACCAGGACAUUACUAAGGGGGGAAUCCCUUCGGCCGAUGUCGCUCUGAAAGACAUAGUGACAGACCCACACAAACUGGUGACCCAUGGGAAAGAUAAAAAAGGAUUUUGGCCACGUCAGAUUUUUCGUCGGAAGAAGAAUGUUCCCCUCCCUUCCAUCGAUAUCCCGAAGAUACAGGCUAAUUUGAUCACUGAUCUGUCGGCCUUAGCCUCACAGCUGGUCGUCACCGUUACCGUUUCCGACCACACCAAGUGGGUUAAUCGGAUGACCGAAUGCCUCAGCCUCGUUCGUCGUCACGUAGCCUCUGGCGCAGCUUGUAUUCAACCGUUUCUCCUCACUGCAGGGAGUGCAUCGGUUUCCACGAACUACCGACCUGCAAUGGAAAAGCUAUCUGAUUUUCACGAUGCCUACGUGGCUUUCCUUGACUGGAUCAACUCAGUCUCUUCUGUGGACAAUCUGGCGCGAGUAACACCUGGAUCCAACCUCAUUGAUGGUAGCACACGUUGCCGCGGACAGGCGUUGUUCAAUACAUUGCAGUUCUCAACCCUUGCGGUUUUCGAUUUCCUUCAAGUAUCCGGAUUCACAUCAGCUGUCGAUCCCACACAAUGGGAAGCGCUGUCGCACGGUCAUUUUCCGAAGGAGGUGGACUGUAGUCAACCAACCAGCACUGCUUCUCCGGUCAAAAUUGAUGAAAAAGUUGCCUCUUGCGAUAUGCUGACGGAUAGCGACCGUGCUCUACUAGCUAGACUUUGGUCACAAGUGGACGCUCUGAGUGAAAGUGAUCAGUCACACGCUCCUCCACAAAAGCCACCCCAUCCACAUGACACUCAGCCCGAUCCUACAGCUACCCGGAGCUCUUCCACUCGGCGUCGUUCCCAUUUGAUCAACGAUCCAGGGCUAUCAUCUUACUUGGCAUCGCUAGCUAGCGCCAUCCUUCCCCCGAUUCUGGAAUCAACACCCUUUUCUACAUCACCCAACGACUCUGUCCCAGAAAGCCCGCUGCCACCACCCCCACCGCCUCCGAAGCGUUCCGUGAGCAGCCACUGUGCCGGUGUUUCCGAUGGGACGGAAAUCACGCAUCACGCAGUAAAUGUUGCUGCUGACUCCCUCGAAAUUCCAGUCAAGAAGUCCCAGAAUCCGUCUCGAUGGUCCAGCGCGCUACCCGAUAGACCUCCCGACCUACGGUCGGACCCGAGGAAAAACAGAAGCUUGUUUGUGUCGCAUGAUACGCCAUCUACCACGAAUCGUCCAUUGCCUGGAACACCCGUAAGCCCCGCAUCAAGCCUCAGUUCAUUGGGUCCCACACCACAGGCGCCUUUCUACACGAAGAGCGUCACCUCUGUAAUCCCAACGCAAUUGUCCGGUAUUCCUAAUCCUUUGGACGACCACCAUAUGCAAGAGAAUAUUGCAGCGGUUGCCAUGCGGCUGAACAGUGCCAAUACCAAAACAGAGAAACCAGAGAUGCUCAAUCCGUUUCUACCAGAAGCGAACGUAGCGUUUUUCCGUCUGCACUCGGCGUCGACAAAUGGUGAUGAUCAAGCAUCAGGUCAACAACGUCCACCGACUGGUAUCACUUCGUGUUCGGCUGUCAAGGACACCGAUGGUCUAUUUUCUGGUAAUCAACCUGUCUGUCAUUCAGAAAUCAAGACUAACAUUGAGGAUGAUUCCGAGCUGAUUGAAGCGAAUGGGAAAAAGUAUCGACGUUAUUUUCAGCGACAUGUAGUGAUUGAGCGACACCGACUAAGACAGGUGCCUGUGUGUGUUCGUGUGCGCAUGUUUGUUGUCGUCGCACCGUCUCUGCCCGACGGAACAGGACCUGACCUUAGUCGUGCUGUAUUCGCCUCUGGCGUACCUAACGUGGACACUCCCAGUGUCCCUGCGCAGUCAAAUUCACCCUGCUCUGAGCCACCGUCACCAACAGAUGAAACGGAUUCCUUGAUCGGGCUUUCCGACACGAGGUCCCAUAAAUCUCUUCAUAGUGUGAAGAAUGAAACUUCGUUCGAGUCUUCCCGUGAAACCGAUGAUCAUUCAUCCGAGGUAGAUGAAGAACCAAGUCCGAUGAAACCACCGAUACCUAACAUUCCAUCUCGUUCGGAGUCACUUCGUCCUUUGACUCAGUAUAUGUUUCAGUUUGGGUUAACAGAAACGGACCCGGAAGCGGAUAGACGCCUAUCUGUGAAUUUGACAAAUUUUUUCCGAUCCAGUUGGGACAUUCAGGAAUCAGCGGAGGGACCCCAUCAACGGUUGAAAAAAAUGUCGUACGUACAAACUUACGCGCAGCCGACACCGGAUGGUGAUGUACAUCGCUCUACCAGCGUUCAGCACACGUGUAGUGUUCGACUAGUUGGUGGUUUAGAAGCCCUCAGAGACGGUGCUUCCGCUGGUGUCGCAAGUGAGACAGAGGAUGACAGUAAAGUCCUUCAGCCAGAUGAUACUGGAGAUCAAAUGGAGGUUGCGCGUUCUGAAGAUUUGCCCGAACCAGUCCAGAUUUCAGAAUCAUUCAGCUCACUCCAGAAGACCCCGAAAGUGGUCGAAAGCACCCCAACUGAAUUUCCCAUUUGUCGCGAAAUUCUCGGUCUGAUAAAGGCAGACGAAUAUUUGGUCUGGACCGAUUCGGAAUCUCACAAGGAAGUAUCUGUGCAUGCCGGCUCUAUUGAUGCACUUAUUGUUUAUUUGACCUCGUUUGGAAGUAUGUCGCCAUCAUACUAUCUGUUUUCCGAGGCCUUUCUUUUCACGUAUCGAGCGUUCAUGUCGCCUGCGGAUCUUGUCAAACGACUGAUUAUUCGGUACAAAUUGUUCCGUGACGACGCGGCUCAUACUCUUGUCCACAGACAGGCUCACGCUAAAGUUCGUAGUGCCACGGGGUCAACCUUGGUCUCUGUGGUUUCUCGACUACGAGAAGACCUCACACCCGAGCUUCAAAGUAAACUGAUGAAAUUCAAAAAGUCCUUGAUAAGUGACAAGGCCAGAUCGCUAGCCAAGUACCUGGACGUGAAUAUACAAAACCAGCUGGCCUGGCAGAAACGUCAGCAAGAAGAACAAGCUCAAGCACUUUUGGAAGAACAGCAAAAAACGCUGCAUCAAAAACCUGAACCAGAUGUAAGCAAUGGACAUUCUGCACCAACCGAGUCCAUCUCCGCUGCUUCAGACUCGGAAGAUGCGCCAACGGUGGCUCCUCCGAAGCCCCCUGAAAGAUAUGGAUCGGCCAAACCACUUCCAUUAGAGCCUACUGCCCGAGGCAGCAAAUUGCCACCCGAGGAUUCACCACCCGAACCCAAUAUUCUAUCCUUUUCUUCUCAGGAUAUUGCUGAACAGAUGACUUUUCUGGAAGCACAAAAGUACUCCCGCAUCCAGAUUUCUGAAUUGCUGAAUAUACGUAACUUGGAACGUGGAAAAGCACCAAGUGUUUCGGCCUGUGCCCUGCACUUUUCCUCUCUGUCGAACUGGGCUACCCAUCAAAUUCUUGGUGCCCCCGCGAGUGAUCGUGACAAAAUUGCGAACAAACUAAUGGACGUGAUGGAGCACCUCCAUACUCUUCAGAAUUUCAGCAGCUACUUAUCUAUACUCUGCUCGUUCAUGCUUAUUCCUGAUAACGUAUUUUCCAAGAAAACUCACGCCCGCCUGAACCUGGUGAAACCAUACAUGCAACCGCCUCAUUUCUCAAAGUAUCGCCGUGAACUGGAAGUUGCCACGCCUCCGCUGAUUCCGUACCUUGGCCUGAUGAUGCAAAAUUUAAUCGUGUUAGCUCAGGGGAAUCCAUUGUUCCAUUCAUCGCCUCCUCCCUCCCUGGAAAAUAUCCAUAAACCUGAGCAUGGCCCAAUAGUGAACUUCUGGCGUUGUUGGAAACACUUCCUGAUCAUACAUUUUAUCGUGAAACAGGAGAACAUGGAUCCAGAAAAAGCCCACUACAAUAUCACUCCAAAGAGUCAAGUUCUGGACUUUCUAAACGACUUUAAGGAUUCACCAUCAGAGGAGGAUCUUCGACGUUUGGCGAAUAAACUACGUCGAGGCGAGAUCUGAUACCCCCGUGUUUUUCCACGCACCCCCUUCCGGUCCAUCCGUCCUCACGCUGAUUUUUUUGGCGAACGAUAUACUUUUCGUUUUAAUUUAUUCGCACAAUCAACAUAUUUUGCACCGUAUUAUUGCCAAUUUCCUUUUUUGACCCAUGGCUGUUUGGUGGUGGCCUGCACGGCUUUCCGCCAUUGUAAAGCGCCGCACCAGCGUGUUUCGUUUCAAACGCCACUACCAAAAACUCUUGGUUCUAUUCAUUUAUAUAUUUCCCGAAUUCUUACUCAAAGAGAAAUGUGUUUAGCACCGACAGAUAUCAUCUCGCUCUACCAGUUACAUGCCAAGGUCUAGGUCUCACAUUCCUUACCUCCAAAUGCUCCCAUAUCUCCUCCGAUGUGUGGUUUUCGGUUCACUCAACCCAAAGCUGAACAAUGCUAUUUUUCUACUUUUGGUCAUUGAACGUUCCUUGUGCACUUGUGCAUUAUUUCUGUAGUGGGUCGUUGCACAUG